ACAGACCAAAUGUAUCAAGUGAUGUAGGAGGAACGAGCUUCUCGCAAUCAUAAGUGAGAGUCAAGGCUUAAAGUGUCGUUAUAUUUUUAGGUUGCUGUAAUGAUUUUUUGUGAUUUAUCUUAAGAAAAAUAAGUUUCGUAAAAGAGGAUUCAUAUAAUUAACGUGGAAAUAUGAAUGCACCUCCGACUUUCGAAUCGUUUCUGUUGUACGAAGGAGAGAAAAAGAUAAUAAAGGAACAAGACACCAAAGUACCCAAUGCUGCUAUCUUUACGGUUAACAAAGAGGACCAUACCCUAGGAAACAUGAUUCGCAAUCAAUUACUUAAAGAUCCUCAAGUGUUAUUUGCUGGUUACAAAGUUCCACAUCCCCUAGAACACAAGUUUGUUAUUAGAAUACAAACUACAUCAGAUUAUACACCACAUGAGGCAUUCAUGCAUGCUAUUACGGAUUUAAUUGCAGAACUUUCUUUAUUCGAGGAACGUUUUAAGGAAGCAAUUAAGGAGAAGAAAGAAGGUUUGGAUUGAAUAUACUCAAAACAUCUGUAUAAUUAUGAUCAACUGUAUGUAGAAUUCACUAAAUUUUACUAAACUUGAAGUCAAUUAACUUUA